AUGGCAGUGGACGGUCACGACGCCGGGGACAACGAGUGGGAGAAAGCCGACCAGCCGCACUGGCGUGGGUUGGGACUUACCGAUCCCAUCAAAAGCGUAGAGGAUAAAUGGCUCCUGCUGCCCGCGUUCCUGAAGGUCAAGGGGCUCGUGAAGCAGCACAUCGACUCGUUCAACUACUUCGUGGACGUGGACAUCAAGAACAUCCUCAAGGCAAACAACAAGGUCACUUCAGAUGUCGACCCACGCUUCUGGCUCAAGUACACAGAUAUCGUAGUGGGAUUCCCCGAUCGCACAGACGCGGACGCGAUCGAUAAGAGCGUCACCCCGCAUGAAUGCCGGCUGCGCGACACGACGUACGGCGCGCCCAUCCUCGUCACCAUCCAAUACACGCGCGGGAAGAGCGUUGUGCGCCGCGCCAACGUCAACAUAGGGCGGCUGCCUAUCAUGCUCCGGAGCAACAAGUGCGUGCUAACUGGACGUAACGAAGCGCAGCUCGCACGAAUGACCGAGUGCCCCCUCGACCCAGGCGGGUACUUUAUAGUGAAGGGUACAGAAAAGGUCAUCUUGGUGCAGGAGCAGCUGAGCAAAAACCGUAUCAUCGUCGAGGUCGAUCCCACAAAAGGUGUAGUGCAAGCGUCAUGUACAUCGUCGACGCACGGAGGGCUCAAGUCUAAGACGUACGUCGCAACCAAGAAGGGCAAAAUUUAUCUCCGUCACAACUCUAUACACGAAGAUGUGCCAAUUGUGAUUGCGCUCAAGGCCCUGGGUAUCCAGUCUGACAAGGAGAUUUUACUCCUAACUGCAGGCAACCACGAGGCGUACAAGUCUACGUUCUCUCCAAACCUAGAGGAAGCCGCCAAACUAGGCGUCCUGACACGCCAUCAAGCUCUGGAAUGGAUCGGAUCUCGCGUAAAAGUAAACCGCAGAGUGGUAGGACCAAGACGGCCAGCCUGGGAGGAGGCGCUUGAGGCGCUCGCCACAAUUGUAUUGGCGCAUGUGCCUGUGCAAGGUCUUGAAUUCCGAUCAAAGGCAAUUUUUGUGGCGACGAUGACUAGACGUGUUUUGAUGGCUAUGGACGACGAGAAGAUGGUGGAUGACAGGGACUACGUAGGAAACAAACGCUUAGAACUCGCCGGGCAGCUUCUCGCGCUGCUUUUCGAGGAUCUCUUCAAGACGUUCAACGCAAAUCUCAAGUCGGCCAUCGACAAAGUGCUCAAGAAGCCGUCCCGCACGAGCGAAUUUGAUGCAUUCAACACGAUGCAGUUUCAGGGCGACCACAUCACCGCCGGCUUCGUUCGUGCCAUCUCCACCGGCAACUGGUCGCUGAAGCGCUUUAAGAUGGACCGCGCUGGCGUCACGCACGUUCUUAGUCGACUGUCGUUCAUUUCUGCCCUCGGCAUGAUGACCCGAAUAUCGUCACAGUUUGAGAAGACGCGGAAGGUGAGCGGGCCGCGGGCGCUGCAGCCGAGUCAGUGGGGCAUGUUGUGUCCGAGCGACACGCCCGAAGGUGAAGCGUGCGGGUUGGUCAAGAAUUUGGCGCUCAUGACACACAUUACAACUGAUGUGGACGAGGAGCCGAUCAUCCGGAUCGCGUUCAUGCUCGGCGUUGAGGACAUCAGUCUCGUCACGGGCGCGGAGAUUUAUGGUCCUAACACCUAUGUGGUCAACGUCAACGGUGCUAUUAUUGGCCUCACCCGCUAUCCCGCACGUUUCGUGACCAAUUUCCGUAAAUUACGCCGGGCUGGGCGGUUCAGCGAGUUUGUCAGUGUCUAUGUUAAUAACCAUCACCGUACGGUCCUUAUUGCAAGCGAUGGUGGGCGAAUUUGUCGGCCCAUGAUCAUCGUGGACCAUGGCAAACCUCGCGUUGCGACGAAGCACAUUGUGCAACUCAAGCAAGGUCUACUGGCUUUCGACGACUUCCUCCGGAAAGGCUUGGUCGAAUACCUGGAUGUCAACGAGGAAAAUGAUUCCCACAUAGCGCUCUACGAGUCUGACAUCGUUCCGACCACCACGCAUCUAGAGAUCGAGCCGUUCACACUACUGGGCGCUGUCGCUGGCCUCAUUCCUUACCCUCAUCACAAUCAGUCACCCCGAAAUACCUAUCAAUGCGCCAUGGGUAAACAAGCCAUUGGGGCGAUUGGUUACAAUCAGCUCAACAGGAUCGAUACGCUGCUGUACCUUUCGGUAUAUCCCCAAAAGCCCAUGGUCAAGACUAAGACGAUAGAGCUGAUUGGCUACGAUCGGCUACCUGCGGGACAGAACGCCACUGUGGCGGUCAUGAGUUAUUCAGGGUAUGAUAUUGAAGACGCGCUCAUCCAAAACAAGGCAAGUUUAGAUCGUGGGUACGGCCGGUGUCAAGUUCUCCGGAAAUACGCAACGCUUAUCCGUAAAUACCCCAAUGGAACGUACGAUCGCCUGGCAGAUGCUCCGGUGGACGAGAACGGACAAGUCCAGAAGAAGUACGACAUCAUUCAGCUCGACGGCCUGGCCGGCGUCGGCGAACGUGUGGACCCGGGCGACGUUUACAUUAACAAGCAGACGCCGACGAAUGCCAAUGACAAUACGUUCACUGGGCAGGCCGCCACCGUCCCGUACAAAAAUGCGCCCAUGACAUACAAGUCGCCGGUCCCCGGCAACAUCGAUAAAGUCAUGAUCAGCGACACUGAAAACGACCAAACGCUCAUCAAGGUGCUCAUCCGCCAAACGCGGCGGCCGGAACUAGGGGACAAGUUCUCGUCAAGACACGGGCAGAAGGGCGUCUGCGGCCUCAUCGUGAACCAAGAGGACAUGCCGUUCAACGAUCAGGGCAUCGUGCCUGACACUAUAAUGAACCCCCACGGAUUCCCAUCACGCAUGACAGUUGGGAAAAUGAUCGAGCUCCUGGCUGGCAAGGCGGGAGUGCUCGCCGGGAAGUUGCAGUACGGCACAGCGUUUGGUGGUUCCAAGGUCGAAGACAUGUCCCGCAUCCUCAUUGACAAUGGGUUCAGCUACGCCGGCAAAGACAUGUUGACUAGCGGCAUCACCGGCGAGCCCCUAGAAGCAUACGUGUACUUCGGGCCCAUCUACUAUCAGAAACUAAAACACAUGGUGAUGGACAAGAUGCACGCUCGUGCCAGGGGCCCCCGAGCAACACUGACACGGCAACCAACCGAGGGCCGCUCUCGCGAAGGCGGUCUGCGCCUCGGCGAGAUGGAGCGCGACUGUCUCAUUGGCUACGGCGCGACGCAGCUCCUGCUCGAGCGGCUCAUGAUUUCGUCCGACAAAUUCGAAGUCAACGCGUGCGAAGAGUGCGGUCUGAUGGGCUACAACGGCUGGUGCACGUACUGCAAGAGCUCGAAGAAGAUGGCGCAGCUGACGAUCCCGUACGCCGCGAAGCUGCUGUUCCAGGAGCUCAUGGCGAUGAACGUUGUGCCGCGCCUGGUGCUCGACGACGCCUGACAAAAGCGAGACGCGCAUGCGGAUAAUUUAUUGCAUCUGCUGUUUAUUUUGGCAUACGACUGAGGCAUCACCAUGUAGAUUGUACACAGACACAGAUAGACAUAUGACACGUCCGAGUAGCACGUAGCUGCCGUCAGCC